GAAAUUGAAUGUGACGAUCCAGAUCAACAAAACCUUUUGAAUGUUCUUUGCACGAUCCUCGCGAGUCGCCACGCUUGAUCCUUCUCAUCUCCAGUUCUUUUAAUCUCCUACAUCGGACUUCUCUUCGCUUUUUAAUUGAUGUAUCUCAACGGAUCAUAGGCUUUUACAAUUUUCUACAAUCCUUCAACCAACCAAUCAAACAUUCAUAACUUUCCAAAAAACUUCAAACCUUUUCUUACCAUAAGAUGUGUGAUGAUAUAUGUAUCUGUAUUUCAAUCGGAUGUCCAACUAAAAUCAAUCAAGGAGGUGGUGACGGUCAACCUAGGAUAUGUCCUAGGUGUCAUAACGCCAGUGUGUUUCAAGCCGAUAGUAGAAUGUGGAUAGAAAUUUGUUGUGUACCAUUGAUUCCAUUAAAAAGUAAAGAUAUUUGGCAUUGUAGUAUAUGUAAUUGGCAAGCCGAAUUAAAUUCAUUUCAACCCAUGAUAGCUGGUUUUGCUCCUCCAGUCUUUGCUCAACCAGGUUAUGCACCAAACAUGCAACCUGGUCCUCCACCUUCUCAACCAAUGUAAUGAUAAUAAUCAAACCCCAAGAUUCAUUGUAUUAUCUUCUUUUUCCCGUUUUUUCUUUAUUGGAUUUGUUAACUUUUCUUAAAAUUCAUGUAGAGAUAGGUUUGAUCAUGUAUAUAUCUAUGCUGGGUUUUUUCUUUGAAUGAUUUCUACUUUUCUUCAUGUUUGAACACUUUUAUCUUUGUAUAAUACUUGAUUUUUUUAUCUUUGAGGUUUGAAUUCAGAUUUGAUUUCUAUCCAUCAUAAUCAAAUUCAUCAACAUUCGUCUGUUAAACAAUUCAUUC